CGUGCAACCUAGCGAGCAGUUUUUGCUGUGCAGGUGUUAGGACUAAAUAUGGAACAUAAAGCUGCAGACUCGGAUGCAGAGCGAUCCCUGUCUCUUAAAAGAUAUCAUAUAUCUGAAGAAUAUGGCUUUGCACUGUCUGAUCCUCUGGUCAAGCUGCCGCUGUACUUCCAGCCGUGGAUGGACAUCGCAGAACGUGCCAGUGAGCUCGUCUCAGCUCACGCCCUUCGCUCGUCCAUUCAUAAGAUGCCUCAGUUGGAAACUGACCUGCUGCAAAGCCAUCGAGAGCUACGCCUGGCUCAUCUGGCCCUGAGCAUUAUCACUAUGUGUUACGUCUGGCAAGAGGGGGAAGAAGAUAAAGUAAAGGUUCUCCCACAGAACCUAGCAGUACCAUACUGGGAGGUUUCUCAGAAGUUGGGUCUCCCGCCAAUACUUACUCAUGCUGAUGGGGUUUUGGCCAACUGGAGGAAAAGAGAGCCAGAUGGUCCACUUGACAUGGAGAAUCUGGAGCUGUUGUUCAGUUUACCUGGUGGUGAAAGUGUGAGAGGUUUUUUUCUCGUCACUCUGCUGGUGGAACUGGCUGCUGUUCCUGCUCUCAAGGCCAUCCCUGAAGUGAUCGGUGGUGUCUGUGACGGUGACGUUUCCGGGGUGAUCCGAGGGCUUGAUGUCAUCAGUCUGUCUAUAGAUGACAUGAAGAAAGCUCUCAAACAAAUGCACGUAUACGUGGAUCCUUCUGUAUUCUAUGGCAUUAUGAGGAUCUUUUUAUCAGGAUGGAAAGACAACCCGUCGAUGGCAGAGGGGCUUGUUUACGAAGGCGUUCAGGCUGAACCGAUGGAGUUUUCAGGAGGAAGCGCAGCUCAGAGCAGUUUGCUCCACAGCUUUGAUGAACUGCUGGGCAUCAAACACGAGGAAAAAAGUGCAAACUUCCUGACCCGCAUGAGAGACUACAUGCCUCCAUCUCACAGAUGCUUUAUCGAUGAAAUCUCUCGUGCUCCGUCCCUGAAGGCUUUUGUACUAAAUCAAGCUAACGAUGGUUUGACGGAGGCUUUCGAUCGCUGCGUGGCUCAGCUGGUUUCACUGCGGAGUUACCACAUCAGUGUAGUAUCACGCUUCAUCACAGUCCCAGCAUCCCGAGCCAAACAGCUCCGCUAUGCUGUCCCAGAGUCUUUAAAAGAACACGACCCCGUGUGGAAAGGACCCAUGGCGCUGGAAGAAAGAGGAACAGGCGGCUCUGGGAUCAUGAGCUUCCUGAAGACUGUGAGGGACAGAACGAAAGACGUUUCGAUCUCAGCGAGAAGUGAUAUAUGAGGAGGACACAGCUUUAUUAUACAGGAACAUUAAGGAAAGUUAUUCAAAAUGUGACCUGCUCUUUAAAAUA